AUCUUCUAUGAUGGAAAAAAGAAAAAAUGAAAGAUAACCUCAAAAGAUUUCAUGGAUUAGAUAAAAUUAUUAUUUAAGAUAAAGUUACGUAUAACUUAUUGCUAAAAAUUGUUUUCGAAUAUUUUUAUCAUUGUAUAAUACUGUUAUUAAAUAACACGUGGUUGUGCUCGUAAUUGUCAUGGUAUGUCAAACAUAUAUUAAAAAUAAAGGUGAUAAACUUGUGUGUAUUAUCUCUUGACAAAAUAAUAUCCUGCAAUGCACAUGAAUUUACAAAGUUUCAUCGUUUUUGUCGCAUUAUGUGCAUUGUGUGAUUUUGCAAAAGGGGAUAAAAUGUUGCUGUUCGAUUUCACGAAUGCACAAAGUGUUGAUGAUUGGCGGGAAGUUUCUGAUACUGUAAGAACGGUGGGAAAAUCAAAAGCUGUAUUAACAUUGCAAACAAGUCAGCUCUUCCAAAGAGCGAUCCUCUUUACCUUGCUGAAUCCGCAACCAAAUGGGGCUGGUUUUGCUGGCGUUCGAAAGUCAGUAAAUCUCAACCUGUCGAGAUUUAAGAAUAUUGAAAUCGUUUGCCGAGGGCAGGGGCAAAAUAAUCAUUACAAGAUUAAUUUUAAACACCGUGGACAAAAUUCCAAUGAGGAUCUCAGCUAUGAACAAUUCUUUACAGUACCAAUGUCGGACAACGAAUUUUUCACGAUAACAUUACCUUUGAAGGAUUUCAAACCUUAUUAUCGUGGACGCGAAAUUCCGGAUGGUGAGCCUCUGGAUACAGCAAAUAUCACUAUAUUUGAAUUUCAAAUUUAUGGUGGUGUAUACUCGCCAAUUAAGCAACAUGGUGUAUCAGCAUUAGAGAUAGAAAGUGUAUCAGUUUCUUCCUGA